AUGUCGCACGCGACACUCCUCCGACCGCUGCGGCCCUCCGCAAAUCGAUGCCUCUGGCGCCCUCUAUCUCGCCGAGGUGCGCACACGAGGGAGUUCCAGCCCUUCCUGCCUCCAUCACCGAGCUCGCUAGGCAAACCAACCGCCGCAAAGACAUACACUCGUACCCGCAAAUGGCUGCGACGACUAUUCUACGUCUCGGUCGCCACGGGCAUCAUCUACGGCAUCGACUCACAGUUCUACGCCUCAUCGCUCACCCGAACGGCCCGCACAUUCUCCCUCGGUCUGAUCGUCGCAUUGGACUAUAAAAUCAAUUUCCGCCCGCAUCCUCCCCUCGCGAGCUCCAUUACAGCUUUGCACGCCCGCAAUGCUGAGCGCUUAUCGGAUCUUCUACGUCAUAAUGGUGGACUGUACUUGAAGAUGGGCCAGGCUAUCGCCAUGCAGUCGGCUAUUCUGCCCCCUGAAUUCCAGCAGAUGUUCUCGCGCAUGUUUGAUGAUGCACCGCAGAAUGAUUGGAAGGACGUCGAAAAGACCAUUCGUGAAGACUUUGGGAAGUCGCCGGAAGAGGUCUUUGGCGUCUCAUUCUCUGGUGAGCCUGGCAAGGGUGUCAUGGAGCGCAGGGCACGUGCCAGUGCCAGUGUUGCGCAGGUUCAUUGGGCCCGUCUACCGGAUGGACGGGAAGUUGCUAUCAAGAUUCAGAAACAUGAGAUUGAGCAGCAGUUGAGUUGGGAUCUUUGGGCAUUCAAAGUCGUCACCUUCAUCUACAGUAAGCUCUUCGAUAUUCCUUUCAACACUUUGGUCCCAUACAUCAGCGAGCGGUUGUCCUUGGAGACCGAUUUCGAAAACGAAGCUACCAAUUCGGAAACAAUGGCCCAACUGGUCGCCGGUGAACCUCGCCUGCGUGACCGUGUGUACAUACCGAAAGUCUACCGCGAACUCAGCUCUCGACGAGUCAUGACGGCCGAGUGGAUCGAAGGCGUACGCCUCUGGGACAAAGACGCCAUCACACGAACGUGGCGUGGCGGCUGGCGGCAAGGAAGUCCAGGGUGCCAUGGAACACCCUUAGAUCCUCCAGCAGCGAAGAACGCACCCGGCGACCAAGACCCUCUAUUACGGGCCAAGCCCAAGCGAAACCACUGGAAGGGCCAGGACAACCGCGGCGGGCUGGGCCUGUCACUCAAGGACGUGAUGACAACCAUGGUAGACCUCUUCUCCGCUCAGAUGUUCCUCUGGGGAUGGGUCCAUUGCGAUCCCCACCCAGGUAACAUAUUCAUCCGACGCAAGCCCUCUGGCAAGCCUGAGCUCGUCCUCAUCGAUCACGGCCUGUACAUCCACAUGGAGCCCAGCUUCCGGCAUAAGUACGCGCGCUUCUGGAAAGCCCUCCUCGCGUUUGAUAAUGCUACACUUACUGAGAUCGUUAAGAGUUGGGGCGUCAACAACGCUGAUAUGUUCGCCUCUGCUACUCUCCUGCGCCCCUACCGUGGCGGUGAUAUGUCGACUCAGCGCCACCUCCAAGGUUUGAGCAAGCGCGAGCUCCAAGAACGUCACUACGAGAUGCAGCAGGCAGCUCGCAAAGCUAUCCGCGAGAUUCUAGGUGAUGGGACAAAGUGGCCACAAGAGCUGAUAUUCAUCGGCCGCAACCUCCGCAUCGUCCAAGGGAACAACCAGUUCCUCGGCUCGCCAGUCAACCGAGUCAAGAUCACAGGCAUAUGGGCUUCGCGCGCGCUCGCCGAGUCCCCCGACCUACCAUUAUCAGAGAAGAUCCGCAACCUAGGACGCCACGUCAUCUUCCGUAUCGUCCUGGUGACCAGUGAUAUCUGGUUCUAUUGGACCAAGUUACGACAAUUCUUCCAUCUUGGCGGUGGGAUGGAAGACGAUAUCGAGGCCCAGAUGCAGAGCAUGGCAAAGGACAUGGGCGUUGAGUUGAACCACAAUGUUUUUGAGGGCUAG